AAAACAAUCCUUCACUAACACAGUAAGAAGCCUCUUUUGCUUUAUUUUCGCGCUUUCAUGGUUAUUCUCGCCGAAUAGAACUUUCAAACACAGAACUAUAAAAAAAAAAAAAAAUUCAUCAAUAUUUUCUCCCUUUAUCAACUCAAUUUUCUUCAAGGGUUUUAACUGAAGUGGAAAAGCAUAAAAUUUAACAUCAUGGGUUCUUUUUGUUGCUGCUUACGUGCUGACGAUUCCGAGGAUUAUACGAAUUCAAACAACAAUGUUCGUAGACAUUGUUUAUGCCUCAGUUGUUUCGUUCAAAAUUUCCUUCACAUGUAUGCCACGUUAUUUCAAAGGAGAGAUUCUGUACCUUCAUCGAUUCUAGGGACGGCAUAUGUGAAUUCUCCUGCAUCACUAUACAGUUCGCUUACUGACGUUUACGAGUCUACUAUAAGGUCUUUGCCUUAUGAUGGCGAGACUAGACAUUGUCGUUUACAGCGUGAAGGUCUUGUUUCGAGACGUGAGAAAGGUUCGAGUCAUUCACAAGAAGAUUCAAAGCCUUUAAGAGGUGCAGACGAUGCAGAUUCGGAAACGUUUAGUACAGGAGAGAAAUGGAAUUCUUUUGAACAAGGCUCGACAGAGAGGCAAUCUAAAUCCUCACAAAAUCACUCAUCGGCAAAAUCACAAGUCGGAGUUGGGUACACUUAUUGGUCAGCGGAAGAAGAGGAUGUCUGUCCAACAUGUCUCGAAGAAUAUACUCCAGAGAAUCCCAAGAUCGUAGCAAAAUGUUCCCACCAUUUCCAUCUCAGUUGCAUUUACGAAUGGAUGGAGAGAAGUGAAAACUGCCCAGUCUGUGGCAAGGUUAUGGUGUUCGAUGAAACGACUUAAUCUCGCUUCAAAGGCUUCGUUCUAUAUAUUAUAGAACUAAGGAUUCUGUACAGUUUAACAAAUGAACAAAACCUUUUUUUUUCUUUUAUUUACAAAGCAGCAAACUAGGAUAGGGAAAUAAAUUGCAGGUUUAGGUAUUUGAAUUUCCGUAUUAUUUUAUAUGAAUCAAACUCAGCUAAGUUUCGGUUCCUUUAUAUAUAUUUAUGCUAGUGAGGGUUCAACCUUGGAAUAAAGUAAAAAUCGUGAGAUUUGAACUCCAAA